GGCUCCGCGCCGCGAACAGGAGGCGGGCGCCUGCGGGGCACGGCUCGCCGCCCCGGGGCGGCUCGGGGAGCGGCUCGGGCACCGCCCCCCGCCCCGUUGCCGCGGACGGGCCCGGAGAGCGCCGGGCGCCGGGCCGGAGCCCGCGGCGGGGCCGGGGCGCUGCGCCGGGAGGUCCGUAGCUGACGUGCGCCUUCCUGGGAGGCUGACUGUGGGCCCGCUGUGCUGCUUGCAGGGGUGCAGCUCUUUUCCUUCCCACCAUGGCUCUGUCCUGCGCGUUGAGGCUACCGCACCGGCGCCUUUGCUCUUCGGGUGCUCACUUGAGCAGCCUGCCCGGUCAGGACCACAGCCUGCUGACAGAGAAGAAGACAGCAGCAAACUGGAAGGAGAAGAAAAAGGCCCGGCAGGGUUGCAGCCUGCCAGGUUCCUCCUGGGAGGAGAGGUUAGCGAACGCGGUGACUCCACUGUGGAGACUUCCCUAUCAAGAGCAGCUGCAGGUGAAGUAUCAAAGCCAGAGGAAGAUUUUGCAGACACUGGCAUCUCGUCUUGAGAAGCUGGGCAUAGAUGCACAGAAACCUGGUGGACUCUGCUGUCCUCUCCAGCCUGUAGUCCCUUCACCCAUCGUUAAUGGCUACCGAAACAAAUCUACUUUCUCUGUGAACCGAGGACCGGAUGGGAACCCCAAAACCGUGGGGUUGUAUGUGGGAACUGGCAGAGCAAGAAAUAUUGUCUGUGUGAAAGCCAACCACAUGGAGAACAUACCCCCAGAACACAAACAAGUAGCUGAGUGCUAUGAGGAGUUCAUCCGUCGCUCCUCCCUGGACCCCUGCAUCCUCUUCCAUGAAGGUGGGCACUGGCGGGAGCUCGUGGUACGCACCACCAGCCGUGGUGACAUCAUGGCUAUCAUCACCUUCCACCCCCAGGAGCUGGGCCAGGAGGCACUGGCUACUCAGAAAGCAUUGCUUAAGGAGUUCUUCAUGUGUGGACCUGGAACAGUCUGUGCCUUGACUUCACUAUAUUUCCAAGAGAGCACCAUGACACGCUGCUCUCAUGAGCAGUCCCCUUUCCAGCUCCUUCACGGAGAGCCACACAUCUUUGAAGAAGUGCUAGGCCUGAAGUUUCGCAUCUCUCCGGAUGCCUUUUUCCAAGUAAACACGGGUGCAGCAGAAGUUCUGUACCAGGUGGUCGGAGAGCUGAGUCAGGCUGGUGGGGAUACCAUCCUCCUCGACAUCUGCUGUGGAACAGGCACAAUUGGUCUCUCUCUGGCUCACCAAGUGUCCAAGAUUAUUGGUAUUGAGGUGGUGGAGAAGGCAAUAGAGGAUGCCAGAUGGAAUGCAGCAUUCAAUGGAAUUUUGAACUGUGAGUUUCACAGUGGAAAGGCAGAGGCCGUGUUACCACAACUCCUGUCAUCGUGGGAGGAUGCCCGACCCCUUGUUGCUGUGGUGAACCCAUCUCGGGCUGGGCUCCAUUACAGGGUUGUGCGAGCCAUCCGAAACUGCAAGUCUAUCCGAAGGCUGCUCUACAUCUCCUGCAAGCCAGAAGGUGAAGCCAUGAGGAACUUUCUUGAGCUGUGCUGCCCACCUGACCCAGGGAAGAAGCUGGCAGGAGAGCCAUUUGCCCCCACAUUGGCUAUACCUUUUGACAUGUUUCCUCAUACUGUUCAUUGUGAGCUGGUGCUGCUGUUCACCCGCUAACAAGGAGGCAGGUAUGCCAGCUCUGAGAGCUUGGGAAGCAACCUCCUACUGUCCUGAAGACUGGAGUCGAUGUAGUUAGGAUUUUAACUUGUUUUCUUGAAAGUUGUAUAAAAAUAAAUAAUUUUGCUUUUGCUCUUA